CAUAUUUCUACCUGCGAUCGGCGAGAGAGUAUAUCAUAUAUAUAUUUCUGAUCGUUGAGCAGCCUAGGAGCUUAGAGCGUAGCUUUGGAGGUUACCAGGAGUGACCAUGGUAUCUCUGCAAGGAUCGAUUAUUUGCCCGGAUGUCCGAGCCAGACAAGUCGGAAUUCAUUCUCUUCCGGUGAAUAUCCCUUUGAUUAACUUCAGAUUUUUUAGAAGCGAAUUAUGGGGCAUUAAGGGAGUAAAUGGUAGUGCCACUAAGGUCGGUGCUCUACAUCCGCAACUAAAAGUUAGGAGGUGUAUGAAGGUGCAAUGUACAUUCAGUUCAUCGUCAAAUGGCAACGGAAGCAUGGCAGAGAACUUUAACGAACAUGAUGAAGAAUAUGUCAACUCGAGUGUAGUUGAAGCUGUUGAGGUGAAAAGUGGAGUGGAUGGUUUCAUGAUCAAGAUGAGGGAUGGUAGGCAUUUAAGAUGUGUCCAUAACAACCCUCAGGGAGGGCAUUUACCAGAUUAUGCUCCACAUCCUGCGAUUGUAUUGAAAAUGGAAGAUGGCACUGGUCUUCUUCUUCCGAUAAUUGUGUUGGAGAUGCCAAGUGUCUUGCUCAUGGCAGCAAUGCGAAAUGUUCAAAUUGCUAGGCCUACCAUGUAUCAAGUUGUGAAGGAUAUGGUUGACAAGAUGGGAUAUGAAGUUAGACUUGUUCGAGUUACAAAGAGAGUCCAUGAAGCAUAUUUUGCUCAGUUAUAUCUCACAAAGGUUGGUGAUGAGGCAGAGUGUGUCAGCUUUGACCUGCGACCAUCAGAUGCCAUCAACAUUGCUGUCAGAUGCAAAGUUCCAAUACAGGUCAACAAGUACCUGGCAUAUAGUGAUGGUAUGCGAGUAAUUGAAUCUGGGAAGCUAUCAACACUGUCGCCUGCUUCAGAUGGCUUAUUAUUUACCGAAUUGGAUAGGCCAAGUGGUCAGCCGUGUCUUGAUACAACAGAAUUCAAUCUUCUGUCCAAAAUGUUGGAAGCUGUUGGUGAGGAACGCUAUGAUGAAGCUGCUGAGUGGAGGGACAAGCUUGGUCAAUUUCGAGCCAAGAGGAACUUGAGGAAAUAUACGUAACAGUUAUCCCGGAGAGCACAAAAUUUGUACAUAAAAUGAUUGAUGGGAGCUAUGAAGGUAACAGACAGCAGUGCUCAAUUAUCUUGCCAUUCCACUUCUAUUAAUAUGUAUGUAGGAAAUUUGUUAAUAUAUGUAUAGAUUAGAUAUACGCUACUGUCAAUGUAAUGGUGAAGCACGUUUAUGGUGGUUAUUUCUGAAUUUCAUUCUUAUAGUACACUCUGGUGGGUGUGUGCUUCUGGUUGUUUUUGCAGCUGUGAUCUCAGAGACUGUUUAGUUUAGGCAGGGACUAGUAAAUGCUGGACGACUGGUUAAUGUUAAGGUGUUCUAUAUCUUAA